AUGAAUAAAAGUACCACCUCAGUUCCGAAUGUUGCAAUUGAUGUGGAUUUAGACAAAUCGUCCGUAGACAGUCCAUCAGCAAAAAAACGAAAAUUCGCGGAGAUAGUAACAUCUGAUGCAACUGAUGCAAGUCGUAAUACUUUUCCAAAUGAUAUUGCAAAUUUUUGUCGAAAAAAUUUGAACGACAUUAAAAAAUACGAAGUUCUUAUGCAUUAUUGGAUACCUGAUAUAGACUUCAAGUUUCCAGCUAGUGGAAAACGAAAUUUGAAAUUUCAGCAUUCGUGGUUACGCUCAUUUGUGUGGUUGGUGUAUUCUGCUGCAGAAGACGGAGCUUACUGCCGUUAUUGUGUCUCGUUUGGAUCAAAUUACGUUGGAAAAGGAGGUCAUCAAAACAUUAAUGUAUUGGUUCAGACUGCGUUUCGAGAUUGGAAGAAAGCACUCGAAAAAUUUAGAGAACACCAAAUAAAAAAAUAUCACCUUGACGCCAUAGAAGAUGGACAAAAUUUUAAAUUGAUUUAUGAAAACCGAAAAAAUGACGUGAUCAGCGAAAUUGACAAAGGGCGAAAAAUGCAACUACUUGAAAACAGACAAAAGUUAAUUCCAAUCAUCCGAGCCGUUUUGCUGUGUGGAAGGCAAGGAUUACCAUUAAGAGGUCAUCGAGAUCAGGGCUCUUUAUCAUUAAAAAUGCCGGAAGAAAACGACGGAAAUUUUAGAGCAUUACUUCGUUAUGCUCUAGACAGUGGUGAUAAAAUUUUGGCAAAUCAUUUGAAUACUGCUGGAUCAAAUGCAACAUAUUUAAGUUUCCGCAUUCAAAAUGAAAUAAUUGAUGCAGCUGGGAAACAAAUAACAACAAAUAUCGUACAACGUGUAAACAGAUCUGGAUGCUUUUCUGCUAUUGCUGACGAAAGUACAGAUGUGAGUGGCAUUGAACAAUUUUCAAUAUGUGUUCGAUUUAUUGAUAAAGUUGACGAUGAAUAUAUAAUUCGAGAAGACUUUUUGUGCUUUAUUCCUGUUGAGGACGUUACUGGAAAAGGUCUUGCAAAUACAUUGCUGACUAAGAUGAAGGACAUCGGCAUAAAUUUGGUUAAUAUGAGAGGACAAGGCUAUGAUGGGGCACGCGCAAUGAGUGGAAAGUUCAACGGUUGUGCUACCAAAGUUCGAGAAUUAUAUCCAGAAGCUAUUUACGUCCACUGCGCUAAUCAUAAUUUAAAUUUAGCUAUUACCCACGCGUGCAAAAUAUCAUCCAUCCGAAAUUGCAUAGGAACAAUUAAAGAAGUUUGCGAAACAAACGCGUCUUCUUAA